AUGCCCGAUGCGCAACAAAAGUACUGUCUCGCCAUCAUCCGGCAGCUGAAACGCAACAAGUCCGCCGUGCCGUUCAACCACCCGGUCGACCCCAUUGCGCUCAAGAUUCCGGAUUACCCCACCAUCAUCAAGAACCCCAUGGAUCUCACCACUGUCGACACCUACCUCAAGAACGGAUACUACUCCGAGCCUAGGGAAUUCAUUGAGGAUGUGGAGUUGAUCUGGAAUAACUGCUUCUUGUAUAACGGUUCGGAAUCUGUAAUUUCGGGUUUUGCGAAGCAGUUGAAGGCGAUGUUCGAGAAGCAGAUCAAGCAGAUGCCUCCGGCUGAUGCUAUUGGGCGUCCGGCUAAGGGUACGCCCAAGGCUUCGAAGACUUCGUCGUCGAAGAAGAAGGGCUCGGUAUCAGCGCCGACGAUUCACCCUCCUGCGCCAAAAGACUAUCCUUACCCCGAUAGCAAGCCCCGACGACGAAAGACGGCACAGCAGAUGCAGUUCUGCAAGAAGGUUCUGGCGGAGUUGCAGAAGAGGACGCACGAAGCGUAUGCGUACCCCUUCUACCAACCCGUCGAUGCCGUCGCGUUGGGUAUCCCGGAUUACCCCAAGAUCGUCAAGACUCCGAUGGAUUUGUCUACUAUCCAGGGCAAGAUCAAUCGGAAUGAGUAUGAGUCUUCUGAUGAGUUUGAGGCUGAUGUUCGUUUGAUGUUCAAGAAUGCGUACAAGUACAACCCUCAGGGUACUCCCGUAUUCAACAUGGGAAAGCGUCUCGAAGCCGUCUUUGACGCAAAGUGGGCAGAGAAGCCUGAAGAGCGUGCGGGUGGUUACGGUGAUGAUUCCGAGGCGGAGUGGGACGAAGACCCGAACUUGGCGAAGCUCGAGAAGCAGCUUGCUAUGAUGAAGGACCAGAUCUCCGCCAUCAAGGAGGGUAAGAGCAAGAAGUCUAAGCCUAAGAAGAAGACAUCUACGAUUCGAUACCGCGAUGAUUCAGAAGAAGAGGAAGCGACCCCCAUCCUCACGUUCGCGCACAAGCAAGAAUUGGCGGAUAAGGUACCCAACCUCUCUCCCGAGAAACUCGUGAAGGUCUCCGACAUGAUCAAGAACGCCGGAUUUGGAAACCCCGAUUCGGAUGAGAUCGAGUUGGAUAUCGAUCAGUUGGAUAACCGGACGCUGUACCGGUUGUACAAGUACGUUACGGGGAAGAGCUUGCCUGCGCCUAGCGAGGGUGGGCGUAGCUCGACCAAGAAGCCGAAGAGUGUCAAGAAUAGGGCGGUGUUGUCCGAGGCGGAACAAGCGAGGCAGAUCAAAGCGCUGGAGGCGAAGCUUGCUGCGUUCAGUAAUGGGAAAGCUGUCGAUAUGUCUUCUUCUGAUGAAGACAGCGAUUCGGAUGAUUCCGAUUCUGACUCCGAUUCCGACUGA